UUAAGAUCGCGUUACGUGUGCACGGAUCUCCUUCGUGGAUUUCCGAAUACGAGAGCGAGGAUCUUUUUGUGAUUUCGUGGGAAUUAUUUUCAGAAUUGGCUGGUGAGUCGAUUUGCUGUAUCGCUCCAAGCUAUCCCCGAAAUAUUUAUGUCACGUAUUCGAUCUGAUAUUCUGUGAGAAUAAGCUGAGGAAUUAAUUCGCAUGCACAUUUCCUGAUCAGCCCUCCCUGCUAUUAUGAAUCCAAUAUCCAACAACAAUGUUCAACAACCGUCUGCCAACAAUCCUGCGGUUGGCUGCACAGGAUCAGCAAUGGAGCCAACAACAGAGAGGAAUGGCCACUCUCAAAGCUAUCUCCAUACGUUUGAAGUCUGUCAAGAAUAUUCAAAAGAUCACGCAAUCCAUGAAGAUGGUGUCAGCGGCCAAAUACAAUCGUGCAGAGCGCGAUUUAAAGCAGGCUCGUCCUCUUGGCAUUGGCACAAAAACAUUUUACGAGCAGGCUGAGAUCCAAGCACCACCAGAGGAGCCAAAAAAGCUCGUCAUUGCUGUGACCAGUGAUCGUGGUCUAUGCGGCGCAGUACACACUGGAGUAUCCCGUAACAUUCGCGAUAAAUUGUUGGCCGAUCCCAAGGAACGCGAGAACACAAAAAUCAUAUGCAUCGGUGAAAAAUCCCGGGCGAUCCUCCAGCGAUUGUUUGCGAACAAUAUACUCUUUGUCGCAUCCGAAGUCGGCCGUAAGCCACCGACUUUCAAUGAUGCAGCCAAAGUAGCCAUAGAAAUAAUGAACAGCGGUUAUUCCUUUGGUUCUGGACGUAUAGUAUACAACAAAUUUAAAUCAGUGGUGUCAUAUGCAAUUGAUGAUCUGCCACUGUUCGAUAAAAGCGCAGUGGUUACCGCACCGAAGCUAUCGGUGUACGACUCGCUUGACGAGGAGGUGAUACAGAGCUAUUUAGAAUUCUCGCUCGCCUCAUUGCUGUUUUAUUCGAUGAAAGAAGGUGCUUGCAGCGAACAAUCCAGCCGUAUGACAGCGAUGGACAAUGCCAGCAAGAAUGCCGGCGAGAUGAUUGACAAACUCACUCUCACUUUCAAUCGCACUCGACAAGCUGUGAUCACUAGAGAAUUGAUUGAAAUUAUUUCCGGUGCCGCAGCUCUGGAUUAAGAAUAUCCUGGAGGAUAAUUAUAGUUUCUCAAUUUCGUGCGGGUAAAUAAAAUGAGGAUGUAUCAUUGGAAAAAGAAGAAAAACGAGAGUAAAGAAAUGUAUAUUAUGCUGCCGAAAGAUGAAAUUUUCGAUCGACUUGGACGGUGUUCGAUUAUACAUAGAGUUAUUUCAUGAACAUCACGAACUUUACACACUUAACGCUAUUUAUAUGUCCAAGCUGUUCAAUAAAUCGAUCGAAUUAGAAAACCGCA